UUUAAAAGCGUGAACACAAAAUAAUUCUAUAAAAAAUUGUAUUUUCAGCUUUUCUUCUUGUAUUAAUUGGAUAACUGUGGUACAGGAAAGCUUGUAUAUUUUCAAAAUGGACGAAAAGGUUAGUUUAUUGUCGUAAUUUAAAAAAUUAGAUAGACUAUUCAUAUUUAUAUUAUUUUAAUUUCAACGGUCGAUAUUUCAAUAUCCUAGGGGAAGUUUAUCCUGGGAAAUGGUUCGAAGACUUAUGUCUGUUUAGUUAAUUUCAUAUAAAUCAAGUAUGAAGUAUAAUAUUUGUCGAAAGACUGUUUGCGUUCUAAAUUUGUGCCUGGAUACAAGACUUACGGCGACUACAAGGCACAAAGAACAAAUACUAGCAGGUUCGGAUACUGACUAUAAAAUCAAACUCCUUUAUUUUCGAUAUUUCAAAAUAAAUAAGAAACGCUAGUGGUCCACCUUUUACAACAGAAUAGUAAAAGGUAGUUGCCGUCAUCUGUAAAUGAUUCAACAUGUUAGCACUCAUAGUGCAAAAACUCUUUCCUGUCCUGAAACUGGACAAAUUACAGUACUGCACUGUACUGUACUGGCAGCACUGUAGGAGUAUAAACUUCAGAAUACGCGGCCACUUAACCCAUUGAGUGGCAGCACUCUCCACUUGACGAGUAAAAAAUCGUUUGGCGUUAGACAGAGGAAAAUACUUUGGUGUUAGACAGAGUAAAAUACUAAAGUAGGCGCAUUGGUGUGCAUUGCCACUUUUUAACCCGUGGCUAUAUGACUAUGUGACUACGUGGCUAUCUGACUAUGUGCAGGGAUGGAUUUACUGGGGGGGUGCACCCCCUAGCCCAGGCCAGAGGGGGUGCAUGGGGGGUGCUGUUUUUCAUGAUAAAGCAAAAAAAUUGUUAGAGACAAAAUGAGAUACAGUAAUUUGUAUAGGUAAUCAUGUGAUGGCGAGUACAAUAUUAGAGAUUAAUAGUACGAGUGAUGUUUGGAAAUUUCGCCAAAAUUGGAUGAGCCGCCAGGGCGAGUCCAAUUUGGCAAAUUUCCAAACAUCACGAGCAACAUCGCAUCAUUACUUGUUUAUUAUUAGCAUGACAAAAUUGGUUACGUACUUCUCAAUGUCAACAUCAUAUUCUCUUGCCAAAGCCCAGUCCUGCCAGACUUUCAACCAAAAUUUGGUGCUUUUGUUUGUAUUUUCAUUUAGUUCUUUUGUUAACCAAAAUUUGGUGCGUUUAUUCGUAUUUUCAUCUAGUUCCUCAAGGGCAAUUUCAUUUCACAUUUGUGUUCAAAAUAUGCCUUUCUGCCAUUUUGUUUGUUUUGGAAAAAUCAUUAAUUGUACUGCAGUACAAUUAAUGAAAUAAUUGUACUCCUCUCAACCAAUCAGCAUCCAGUAAUUUUUUCAUGCUAAUAAAAAGAGUAAUAACAUGAUGAUAAGCAAACUGUGAACAACAUGAAUUACUGCAAUUCAAAUACAGUAGUCAAGAAAGACUUUGCAGUAGUGAAGCAAGUUGAUGGGCGGGCGGCACACAUGACCGACACAACUCUGCGCCAGAGCUGGCAGAGCACCCCCCCCCCCCUACCAGAUCAUGCUGGAUCCAUCCCUGACUAUGCACACACAUGGCUACCUGUCUACAUAGCUAUACUUGUAAAUAAUUUCUGAAGAAUUUGCACAAUGCUUUUGUGAACCAAUAACCAAGCACAUUUCUGAUCUGCCAAUGGGAAAUCGUGAAAUAUAUAGUGCAAGUUUGCUUUGAAUGUUUAAUGUUUAUGAAUUUUGUUGCUUUAGUUCCUUGUGUAAAACAUGCAUGCAGGCUUGCAGCUAGCUUUCCUUUUCAGUACAGAAAAAAUUCAUGAAGCUGCAAGUUUCCUAAAUUACCCUGUUUAAUUUAAGAAAAAAAGGUAAAAUGUAAAGGAGAGCAAAUUAAUUUGAAGAAUACGUACCGGUACUCCACAACUUAUUUUGUUUUAUUAAAUAAAAAAAUUUAAAAAUUGUCGUGUUUUUAUGACAACACUGAUGUAGACGUGAGUAUGCGUUCAGUGUUGAUCAAUUACUAAUACAGUACUCCAUGUAAGUCGAUCAAUGUUUGGAAAAUAUAGGCGAGGGCUUGCUGCAUGCAUGUAUUUCUAGUAUCUGGCUGGAUAGCAAGAUAAUCUCCCCUUAUCAGGUAUCCAGCCUGAUACUGGAUAUUGUUUAUUUAACCCUUUAAGUGGCAAUGUGCCCAGAUGCACCCCACUUUAUUAUUUUACUCUGUCUAAUGCCAGAUGAUUUUACUCUUCAGCAGGAGAGUGCUGCCACUCAAUGGAUUUAUCAGACUAAUAGAUGAUCUGCCCAUGCACCCUGUUAACCCUUUAAGUGGCAAUGUGCCCAGAUACACCUCACUUUAUUAUUUUACUCUGUCUAAUGCCAGACAAUAGGCAAUUCCAGCUUUUAGUUUAUGCGUGCAGGGGACGAUGGGAAGUAAGGUAUCACAUUGCUGAUUAUGCUGAAAAAAAUAAAAAUAGUGGCCGUGUAAACACAGAGUGAUAGCUAUAGCUUAUACUUGUAAAUAUUGAAAUAUUUCGAUUGUUUUGGUAGUUUGAAAUGAAAUGUUUCAGCAUAAUCGGCACUAUGACCUUACUUCCCAUCAUCCCCGCAGGCAUAAACUAAAAGCUGGAAUUGCCUAUUUUACUUAAUUUAUUAACUUCGCCAGAUAGUCUUAACAGUUAUAAUUACAAAGUAAUAAUUUAACGAAUUAACUAAAUAGACUAUAUGCAGGGUAUUCGCAACAGCGAUUUGCCAUGAAUUACUGCGAACCCAAGAACAAUACUGUACGUUAACAUCAAAUAUCAAAAAGUAACAACGAACUUCAUGCAUUCUUGUUCGGGGACAUAGAGUAGCAUUUUUAUAUGAAAAACAAAUUAAUUAUUUUCGACUGCAGUGUACCUACAGCAGCACUCUCCCCCUGACAAGUCUCGCCGACCAGGUAUUUGACUGAAAAGUACAAAAACAUGCGUUCUGAGGUUAAUCUAUUGAAUUGGUUCGAGUCAUAUUUGACAGAUCGUCGUCAACGCGUGACUGUACUCGGCGUAACCUCAAGCACCCUUCCUGUGACCUCGGGCGUUCCACAAGGAUCAAUACUUGGUCCUGCACUCUUCCUGUUAUAUGUGAAUGAUCUACCCGAAGCAGACUUGUCCUCUCGAGUUGCAAUUUUUGCCGAUGACACUAAGCUAUUCUCUGCAAUUACAUCUCAGAACGAUGUAGCAUCUCUCCAAGGUGAUCUUAUGAACUUAGAACAUUGGUCAUCUCAGCCAGGCCUGUCUUUCAACCAAUCCAAAUGCAAACAUCAGACAAUCACGCGUAAGAUUGUGCCAUUUACGUCAUCAUAUAAGCUAGAAGACACCAAAGUAACUACCACCGACUGCGAAAGAGAUCUUGGCGUAUGGGUGUCUUCCAAUCUUACGUGGAAAAAACAAGUGUGCAACCAAACGUCAAAAGCGAACAAGUCCCUUGGCUACAUCAAAAGAAGCACCAGAUUCGUGAAAAGUACUGCAACAAGGCGGAUGUUCUACCUGGCCCUAGUUCGGUCACAUUUUGGUUAUUACCACAAUCAAUAGAACUUAUCAACCAUCUUGAACGAACCCAACGACGUGCUACGAAAUUCUAAUUCUACCAUUCUCCUCGGAUAUAGACUAUAAAUCAAGAUUGCAGUCGUUGCAUCUCCUCCCAAUACAGUAUGCUACUGGCACGAAUACCUUGAUUUGAUUCUAUUCUUUAAGAUCACACAUGGUUUACUGAAAACAAGCGCCUCUCCAGUUAUUCAGAGUUCUCGCAGAACCACUCGCUCAAAUUCAAGCAACACGGUCAAGUAUGUCAUCCCCAGAUGUAAAACAACCAGCUACCAGAAAUCCUUUCUUGUUAGAACUUCCAGAAUAUGGAACACACUAAUAGAUGCAAUAGACCUUCGUACGGACAGUCUAGCUGUAUUCAAAUCAUGUUUACGUAAUUAUUAUUUUACUUCUGUUGACAUUACUUAUAAUCCUGAAAAUCUGCGAACAUUUAGAUUGAAAAUAGAUAAUGGAUGAUAGAAAAUCUGCGAACUUUAUGCUUGAAGUGCAACUGUGUUCGUAGUUUAGCGUCUCCAAUAUCUUGCUGUUAUUGAAAAUUUUAGCACAGCUACAGUAGCUACAUGUCCUACAUGGCGACUGCUCAUGCUGUGCUUAUAUAGUCGUUACCAUGCAUCGAUUUGUUCAAUUUCUGUUCAGCUAGUGCAUGUUAUUAUCAUAUCAUGAUCAGUUACCGUAUAGCUAGCUAAAUACUUAGUUGUAGAAAUGCAAUUUCGUGCCCAUGUGAGCAUGCAGUUGAAGGAGUUUCAGAUCAUCUGGGAAUCCAGGUUGCGGCAUGCUGUUACGAUUGCCUCACAAAGCUCUCUCAAAUUAUUUGAUUGUUGAUCCAAAUUUGACGCUUCAAGUAGCCCGAAAGAGAAAAAUUACACACCGUCAGGCCAGGAAAAUGAGGGGACCAACGUGAAUACCCAGUUUAUUCAUCAGUCGUCCAAGAAAUUGCCCCUGAGGAUAUUGUAUAGUUGCGUUACUUGUUGUCAAAAUUAAUUAGGCUUUUUUUUUUGCUAAUUUUCGACAAUUUUGACAAUGUUUACUUAUAUUCAAUUACCCAAAUAUCUCGGCCAAAACUGUGUUAUAAUACACAUGGCAUAUACCAAAAUUUAAGUUAGACAUUUCUGAACUAAAUGCUUCUUGCUUAAAUGUAAUAAUAGCUCUUUUAAUUUUUAAUUAGUUAUAUUGAAUUAAAGAGGAGUACUACUUUGUUUCGGAUCACCCAGUGUUAUUUAUCAAACUGAUUUGUACAUGAAAUGAUUGUAGAGAACCUGGCAAUAUUAUCAAGGUUUUAUAGAGAUGCAUUAAUAAGAUGCAAUUUAUGGUGAUGCGUACUAGGCAUAGCCUGUUGAUUACGGUGGUUCGUAAUGUUUGACCUGAUCUAUAAUAUGCAAUAGGUAUUUUCAGAUAACCUAAUUCAAUAUAGCUAGAGUGCAACCUCACUCAGUACACUUUACUGCUUAAUGAACCAAGCAAACCACAAAAAUGUGUGUUUAUAGACACACUAGCCAUUGUUGUAAAAAUUAUUUGGAUGGGGAGAGGUUGACUGGUCCAGCCCAUGCAUCCCCCACUCCUACAGUCCAGAUACAUAAGAGCUGGGGAAUUUGAACAAUGCUUUUGAAACGCCAGUUAUGCUUUUCAGUUUUCAGUAAAAGCAAGGAAAGAAUUUUCUCUUUUGCCACAUGCUAUAAUAGUAUUUUAUCUUAAAAAUACAAAGUAACUUAAGUUUUAAAUGAAUUCUAGUUUAUGUCCACUGAUGGGUAUGCAUGUUGGUAAAUGCGCAAACAGGAAUUAUAUUGCAUAGAGUUAUACAUGUACGAACUACAUCAUCUGAUUAACAAAGUGUUCCAUAAUAAAUAAGGUUAAUUUAUUAAUUAAGGGUAAUCCCCCCAGUAAUUACAGUAAUUUACCCCGUACGCCCCCCCCCCCAUCCCUGGUGGCAAGAUAUAGUGCCCACGGUCUUUUCUAAAAAUUAUACGAGAAUUUUAUUGGGACAUCGCAAAGGAAUCGAAUGGAUGGGAAAAAAUCUCACCAAACGUUUUCCGAUUUCCCCGAUUCCCCUGAGAUGCUUCUGGAGGAGGAUAGUAUGUAGUAGUACAGCUAUGUAUUAGAAAUGUGUCCGUUUGGAGAAAUGUGUCCCGCCCAGUUGGCUCUUCACUCGUUCACUGUGAUCUCAAGAAAGAAAGAAAGAAAGAAAGAAGGCAGUGUAUCUCUUUUCAACCACCAACGUGCUAAGAAUUCAUACUAUCGGUAAAGUUGUCUGACUUACUCGAAUAUGGUCGCAAUAAAGGACAAGGCAUUUGUCCGAAUCCUAAAAAUUACCAAAUCGUCCUGGCAAAAGGAAUAUAUUGUAAUUCCAUGCAUGAUCCUAUAAUAUUUAAUAAUUUAUAUUCUGCUAACUACCAAUAAUAUUUCAUUUUAGAAAUCUGAGUCUAAAAAUGUUGCAUUUUUUACAAUAGACAAAAGAAAAUGGAUUGCUGGACGAUAGUCUGACCAGUAUUCAGUGGCUUUGUCAACUGGAAUCAAAUAAACUCCUGAAAUCUAAGUCAUACGAUAAGUGUCAGUCCGUGACUUCCAGCUCAGCCAGCCGUCCUGAAGAAAACAAUAAUCCGUAUCCAAAGCCACAGCAUUCAUAUGCUACUUUGAUUGUGUUGGCUAUUAACAGUGCAAGGGAUAAACGAAUGACAUUACAAGGCAUCUACGCUUGGAUUGAACACAAUUUCCCAUAUUAUAAAUAUGCGAAGAAGGGCUGGAAAGUAAGUAAAAUAGCACAAUCCAACAAUUUUGUCCCAUUCCAUUAUAAUCUGUAGACUGUACCAUGGUGUGGUUUAGGAGUGAAAACAUGUUUUAUGUCUGCUCAUGUGUAGGGUUUUUUCGAUCAAUUUUUCUUCGACGAGUUUCACGAGCCCGCAUUAUUUCGUGUUAAAGCUGCUACCAAAAACAUUUAAAACAGCUGAAAUUAUAUCUACGAUACCACACUUCAAAUUAAAGCGAAUUUCAAAGUAAACGAGAUGUAAUGGCAAUGGCUGCUCGAGGACGAGUGCGCAAUUACUUAAUGUCAAGUCUUCUAUGGAGCCUCGUUUUCGUGAUUGAGAUUUUCGUUUAAAACCUUUUAUCUUGUUACAAGUGACAAAUUUACGAAUUCAUACAAUUGCACUGGUGAACGGUAAAAGAUCUGUUUAAAAGAUCUGAUUGAGCUCAUUGCAGAGUGUUUUCUUAACUUCCUGGUUUAAUUUACGGACUUUGUGUUGUGUUGUGUUGUGUUGUGUUGUGUUCGUUGCUAUUCGUGGAUUAUUUUCGUUAGUCAAUUACAACGCACGUAACAGAACAGGAAGUUAGGAACUUGUAACAUGAAGUAUAAUAUUAAGAACUUCUAACAGGAAUUGAGGAAAAUUUAAUGGCUUUGAUAGGAACAUUGCAAAGGUAAUGCGAGAAAUUGCAAUCAAGUUAGGAACUCAAAAGAUGAACGCUUGACGUAGUUUACCUGUAAUAAAACUCUGUUGAGCAUGUACUGCAGAUGGUCGUGUUAUUUUGAAAUGGGUGUAACCGAAGUAUAUUUCAUUUUUGUUUUAGAAUUCCAUUCGACACAAUUUAUCACUUCACAAAUUUUUCAUCAAAGAACAACGUGCUGACGUUCUUUGUGGUAAGGGAAGCUUUUGGCGCAUCUCACCCGAAGGCAAGGAAAACCUGAUGCGCGAUUUUCUGAAACCACCUACUAACCUUAAACCACCGAUAGCACUUCUCCCAUACGACCCUAACCGGAAACUACGACAUAUUUUGCCGAAGCCUUGUUCAGACGCAACGAGAUUACAGUACGUUCCACUCGUCGACUAUAACCUUCCCAUUCUCCUUGUACCAACUGCGAACGAGGCUGCAAAUCAAAUAUCUCUUGAUCCAGUUCAGUCACUACCUACUCAAGAGCAAAGGGAUUAUUAUGCAAGCCCAUUUCAACAAGGUUUGGUGUGUACCACUUCUAAGUCAGCGACUCAAUCGGAAGUAGUUGACAGUGCAAGUAAUUCAAUGUCAUCUUCUCAGACUGUUGAAGGGGUUAAUAAAUUUUACGCUUGUGAAAGUGAAGGUCAGUCUUUUAGUGGAACAUGUUUGGAGGCAACAACUACAAAAGCUCAUUUGUAUACACCAACCCAAGGUCAGAAUAGGCACAAAACUGCGAGUCGUAAACCCAAAGAAGCUUCGUCAAAGCGACAACGUUCGCAAGCGUCGAAAACCCCAAAGCGAGUUCCCAAUAUAUUGCGACGAAAGAAAAGGCUCCUCGUGAAAUCCCCAGAACGGCAGGAGGCAAUAAUUGAAACCCAACUCAAAAGCAGUGUAGAGUCGACUUUGGCUGCAAUUAAUUGUAGCAACUACGCGCCUUAUUCUCCAAAGAGACGGGUCGACGACCUUGGCAACACAUUGUGUGCACCUGGAUUUUCACCUGUAGGACACAAUCGCUCGUUUGACUUUAUCCAACAAGGCUUUGGCAGUCCAGGAAUUUCACCACUUCGAUUGCCAGUUUGUUUUAGUUCCGGUUUCACACCUCUUAGACAGGGUGGUUGUGAUCUUGGCACAGUGAGUACUCCAACCAAUUCUUGCCUGGGAGAUUUAUCUUUCAAUUGGACUCCAUUUAACACGGGGCUGACACCAAUAUCGGCUAAUACUUCACCAUCUAAUUUUGGCAGUAAUACUCAGCGGUGUCGAAAGUCGCUUGGGCUUGAUCAAGUUAAUGAAACAACUGAAUCUACUCAAUUAAGCCCUUCUUGGUAGGGCUUCAUCAGACGUUCAUAUAAAUUACAGUAAAAAUCCGUAUAGAAGAACCAGUGGAUUAAGAAUCAACCCGAAAUUUAUGCAAUUAAAGGGAUACGGCAAUAUAUAUUUUUUAUUUCAUUUGAAAGAACUUUUAAAAUUAUAUGCAAAACUCCUUUACCGUUUAUUCGCAUCUUGCUUAGUUUUUUGAAUAUUUUCACUUAAAAUAAUUAGCGUCCGCCAUCUUGGAUAAAUUUUUAUCUCAUCGGUGAUUUUAGUGACGUCCAAAGCUGGGUUAGCCAUAUAAAACUACAUCUAAAUGACCAAAUAACAGUAAGUCUUGUUUGAAAAGUUGUCAGUCACUUUCUUAUUUGAAAUAGUUUGGGCUCAUACAGUACAGUAAUAACCAAUUGCUCUCUGGAUAAAAUACUUGCGUGACCCUGCUUACGAGUAACAUGUAUAUCUGCCAAAAUCCAAGAUGGCGGAAAGCUCGCUGAUUUGUGUGUUUUUUUCUGUCAAAAUAUCUCAAGAAAUAAUAAAGUUACGCAAAAUCGGUGAAGGAGAUUUACAUAUAAUUUUAAAAGUUCUUCUAAAUGAAAUUUAAAAAACAUGUUACCAUAUCCCUUUACGCACCAAAAAUAUACAAGAACCACUUCAGGCUAGCAAAUGAGAUAUCAGAUUGGUUCUUAAAAAUCUUAACUCUUGUGCUUUAGCUGAACUGCCGAAGUAGAAAUUUUGAAGGGCAAGUAUAGACGGGUACCGGCCUUCAUAUUUAAUUUAAUAUAAUUGCAAAUUUUAUCAAAUGGAAGCUUUUAAAUAGUCAACAAUUAUUCACUGAAGUGGAGGCGGUAUAUAAAACAAAAAUGACCACAAAAAUACAACAAAAAUAAACAAAUGAAUUUGUACCACAGCUUCGGUAAUAGUUGUAAACAAAACAAUUUUUACAGGCUUUUAGAAAUUUUAUUCAUUAGAAAUAGUCGACGUUUUACUUGUAUUUUUCAAGUACUCUGUGUUUUUCAAGUAUUAUAUGAGUACCACGUACUUCAGCCUGACAUAAAAAAUAAUGGUUCUUUUGUGCAGCUUUUUACUGUAUAUGAAAAUAACUCAAUAUAAAAGAGAAAUAUACGUUGUUCGAGUUGAGUGUCACGUGUGAUACUGGAUAUAUUGACCCCAGUAAAUUGAUACUAUAAGGGCUAUAAGACUAUAGAUCAAAAUUUAUUUAGUGCAGAC